CGAUGACAUCAAAAAUCUUUAUUUUGAUCGUAAUUGCAGUAGCAGCUCAUGAGUAACUCAAACUCUAACCAUGUGAUACAAAACUUAGUUCAGUUAAAGUAUUUCCCUCUACAGGUGAAACUAUUGAAUGGGAUUUGAAAGAUACUUUCUUUGAAGGAGCUUAUUUGACUUAUUCCCUCAGCCCUCCUUAAUCAAUGUUUCAAAUUCAAAAACCAUUUGCUUAAUUAAGUAGUCCAAAACCUCAUUUUGAAUCAAUUAAUAGAGUGACAGCCUCUCGUGCCUUGACUGAGAAAGAUCAAAGAGUGUGGAUGAAUCAUUUUGUCUUUAUUGAAGUAGAAUUGGAUUCUAUUGAUUUAUUUUAUGCAGAAGGUGCAUAAGGAGACAAUGCUACUCCUCCUUAAUUCAAUAAGAAAUUAAGUGUCAUUACAGGAAGUGCUUAUCUUUCAUGUCUUGGUGUAGAUUAUUUGAAUAAGGAUCAAUUCAUUCUAGAUUGUAUUGAUAGUCAAAAAUUGCCAUUUACUAAUAAAUUUUUCAUUGUUGACAAAAAUGGUAAUUCAAGAAUUCAUUAGAAUGGAAACUACAAUAAUUACAAGGUCAAUACUAAAAGAAUUUCAUAAUCUGUUGUCUUCACCAAUAAAUUAGGACAUGAACAUACUUACUUCUUCAGAGCUACUCCUGCAUAUGCAACUGAAAAAACAGGAUUAGAUUAAUCCUCUCUUCUUGAAGUAUUCUAUAUUGGAAGUGAUGGAACACCUAGAUUAUAAAGUGUUUUAGAUGCACCAACUUUAGGAGUUAUCACAGAUGUAUAAAAUCCAGAAAAAUUCAUUUUCUCUUUGAUUGAUUUCAAGGUAUUUCCAAAUGGAUUAGUUUAUAUUUUGACAGCAAAGGAUGGAAUCUAUAUUUUAGAAUUCUAGGGAAAUGGUGAAUUUGUUUUCGUUGAUAGAAUCGUAACUUCAAAAGAUCAAGCUUAUGAAUUCGAUGUAGAUUAUCUAUUGUAAGAUGAUGGCACAAUUAAAGAAGUCAUAGCUAUUUUAUAUAAUGAUUAUGUUUAAGUAGUGGAGGGUAAGAAACCCAUAAAUAAUUAUAUUUUGGAUUUUUCAGCAUCUUAUCCAGCAACAUUAGUAAUUUCAUAAUAGUUCUUGAUAAUAUAAUAGAAAGGAACCACAUAUUUGUUCAGCACAGAGCAUGAGGAUUUCAUUUAUAAAGAAGUGUUAGAAGGAGCAAAAGGAUACAUAAUAAAUCCAUAUGAAACAGAGUUGAUAUCAAUAACAUAGGUAGAUUCAAGAAGAUAUUCAUUAACUCAUGGUUUGUUAAGAUUUCCAAGCACAUAAAACACUACUUAAACAUUAUAACAAUUUUAAUUGAUAGCAACAGAUACAUAUUCAAGUUAAUGUAAGGUGACAAUAAAUUACAGGGUGUACAAUGCUAGUGAUUAUUCAGUGUAGCCCACAGAUGAAUUGUAACUUCCUAAUUUGAUUUAUGAUAUACCUGAACCAUUCAAUAUUGAUCCAUUAGCAUCAGGACCUAAUUUGAAUUAUAAUCAAUUAGUAUCUUAAUUGGAUUCUACAACAGUGACAGCAAAGAUUACUUAAUUAUAAGAAAUGCUUCUUGAAUCAAUAAGUUUACCAAGUCCAUCUUAAGUGAUUUACUCUGAUGUGUUGGUAUUGGAUGCAAAUGAUGAAAGUUAUGCUUUAUUAUUAUAAACAUAAGACAAGAAUGUAACAAUGUAUUAAUGUCACAUAAGAGAUAAAUUCAAAGCAAGAUCUGUAUGUUAGGAAUAUUAGAAAUUUUCAUUGAAAUCUACAUUGAAUUUGAAUAAUUUCAUUUGGUGGUAUUAGGGAUUUAAUAUAUAUCAUUUAACAUUGGAUAAUGAUUAUUAAGCCACAAUUAGAAUGAGUGGUGUAAAUGGAACUAAUGAAAUAGAUUCAAUAACAUACCCAUAAGAAAGUUAAAACAAAAUAUCAAGUGUAACAGUAUUGAAGGAUAGAUUUUAUUUUAUUUUGGGAAAUAAGAAAUAAAUAGAUAUUCGUUCAACAUAUAGUCCAUUUGAAUUGGAAUAUUCUUUAACAGAAGUAAUGCUUAGAUAUAGAGGAUUUACAGGUUCUUGGAAUCCAUAAAGAAUAUUUGGAAAUAGAGUUCAUAAUUCUUAUUUGAUGUUUAUAGCAAAUGAUGAUAAUGUGAUAGUAGCAGAUUAUCAUGCAGAAUUCACAAUAAUAAAGACAAUAAUGUUGAGUAAAGGAUCAAUAGAUGUGGCAGUAGGAUUAGAGAGUUUCUUUAUAGUAUUAAAAUCUAGCACUUAAAAUUUAAUUUAAGAAUAUGAUCUUUAGAAUCUGAAUUCAAUCCAUUUGAUGAAAAAUAUUCCAUUAUAUUGGUAUACUCUAUAAACUCCAUUAUAAUCAGAUUUCUGUUCUGAUACUGGAGUUCUAUUUGUGAGAGCAUAUGAUAGUAAGAGUGCAUAGACAGUAGUUUUGGUAUAUGGUCCAGGAAAAUUGUUAAGAGAUUCUCUGAUGAAAGUGAUUCCUUUAGGUAGUAAGAUAGCAGAUGGAACAUCACUUGUUAUGUCAACAGCAGGAUCAAAUUAGAUGGUAUUCUAUGUAAAUAGUGGUACAUUAUAGAAAGUGUAUUCUUAUUUCAAUUAUCCAAUUUUAACAAUAUAACCAAGUUAUGAUUCAUAAUCAUAUUUCUCAGUUUACACAAUUAAAUUCUAAGUUACUAAUUAUAAUGAUAUUACUCCAAUCACUUAUUAUUAAGUAAUCAAUUUAGUGAAUACUUAAACUACAAUAAGAAUUGAAUAAAAUGUUCUUGAUUAUAGACCUUUGAAUGCAACAAAGUCAGAAUAAAAUAUCGAUUUAGUAGCAGAUUGGUUUGAAGGUUAAGCAGUCUCAUUAGAUAUUGAUUGUAAUUAAUGUGAUUCAUAUGUUCGACCAAUAUAGACUGUAUAAUAAAUGGAUUCUGGUACAUUUAAUGGUUAUCAUAUUGUUGAUGCUGCGCCAUAUAAAGGUUCAAGAACAAUCUAUUUAUCUAACAAAGAAACACUUAGAGUUUUGAUAGCUGAUAGUGAAAAUAAUGAAGAAUCUAGUUAUUCUAUAUCUUUAUCAACAACUCAAUCAUAAACAUGUGAUCACAUUGUUGCAACUGAAGAUGGUGCAUAUAUCUUUGCUACAUGUCAACUCAAUAAUAAUAAAGUAUUCCAUGUAGCUAAAUGUACAACCACUGGAUUACUUGAAUGUCAUUAAUUUGGUUCCAUUUAAUCUAUUGAUGGAGUUUUCACAGUCUCCUAACUUGCUGUCUAAGGUAACUAUGUGUUUGUCUUAAAUGGUAAUCCUUAAAGACCAAAAAGCUUUGAAGGUUCUCUUCAAGUCUAUAAAUGGUCUGCUGAUACAUAAUAGGUUACAUUUGAUUUACAAAAAACAUUUGAUAAAGCAUUCUUUGGAAAUUAAUCAUCUUAUUUCAGCAGUUUUUACAUUGCUCCAUUCAAAGUUGGUGUCACCAAUUAUCUUAAAGUUCUUAUCGUUGAUGCCAAAUAAAACUUAUAUGCAAUUGAUGGAACUUUAAGUACUUUUGGAGUCAUUACAUGGCAAACUGCUUUCUAAUCAUUGAAUCUAUAUACUUUCAUAAAUCAAGGAUAAUUUGUGGCUUCAUCUUCCUAAUAUUUUUAAGUAUUACCAUUAACUACACCAUUAUAUUAAACAACAGAUUUAACUCUUAGAAUUAAAGUACUUAUUACAACUGAUACAUCUGCCCAUUAUGCUAUCUAAUUGAUUUUUGAUGCUAAAAAUGUAUCAUCUGGAUUACCCUUAUCCUAUUAAAAUGUCAUCUAUCUCUUAAAUCAAUAUUCCAACUGGCCUGCUCUAAACAAAGCUUCUAUUGGUAAUGACUAUGCUGUUAUUGCCUAUUCUGAUAAUAGUCAAUUACUCCUAGCCUCAUAUCUCUUGCCCAAAGAUCCUAUUUAAGGAGUACCACUAAUCAAAUUUGUAGGAGGAACUCAAUCCAAAUUCGGAUAUCCUUAAGUUACUGAUUUUGUAGUCUAUAUACCCAAGAAUAUACCAUUCGUAAUCAUAUUUUAUUUAUUAUUUCUAGCCAAGACUCUAUGCUAACAUUAUCACAAACUUUGAAAUCAAAGAAAACUUACUCUAAACUUAUUAUUUGAAUCCCACCUUCCAACUCUAUGUUUUCAAUGUUGGUGGUGAAUUAACUGAAUAAUAUGUUCAACUCACCCUUCUUAAUGCAUUCACAUCUGAUACAGGGUAUGUUUUAUUAAGAUAACAUAAAUCUGAAUAACAAGAUCAACAAAAUAAAUCAUUAUGGGAAACUGUCACUAAUGUUUUUUGGUGACAAAUACCAAUUUAUAUGAGUUAUCAAUAAUAUCAAAUAAAAU